AUAUCUUUAUUUUUUUUCAGGUGCUACAUGCAAAAGAAAUUGGAAAAUUCAAGAAGAAGAAAGAAGGGACUCAAUUGAAGAAAUUAAAAGUUAGAGGGGUGAAGUUCAUCAAAAUGAAUUUACAAACCCAACACCAACCCAUUUCAAUUGAGCCCACUAAAUUAUCAAAAACCCAAAGCUUACCAACUACCCAAGCCCAAAAUCCCAAAACAAAACCCAAAACCAAACCCAAAACUCAAAAAAACCAAAAAAACAAGCCCAUUACCCAAAACCCACUUAACAAAGAAAGAGGGGGAAAAGGGAUGGUGUCUGGAACCUUCUCCUUCCCCAUCAGUCUUUCCUUCCUCUCGAACCCUCAUUCCCAAACCAGCCGCCUACUCUCUGUGCCCAAUCACCAGCCUCUACACCGGUCCUGCACCCCUCCUCUGCGCCCCUGCCCUUACCGCUUGCACCGUGCCUUCUGCGCCCAAAUCCCAGCAAUCAUACACCCCUACACGCCUGAGCCCACUUCCAGCAAUCAUACCUCCCCUACACACCAAGCCAGAUCCCCUUUGCUCUGCUCCCCCUGCCCUGCAUUGAGCCCAGACCCCUAGCCCUGCUACCUGCGCCCCUACUGCUACACUCGAGCCUGCAGCCGCCUGCGCCCCUGCUACCUACGCCCUUGCUUGCUCUGCACCCGAGCCUCGCUCUGCACCAGAUCCCCUUGCCGCCUGCUGCGCCGAACCCACGUUGCUUGCACGCCUGCUCUUUGUGCCAACAUCAUGACCCUACACCGAGCCUUGCUGCACCCUUGCUGCACCCCCGCUGUUCUGCCUCUGCACGCUACAGCAGCUCCAGACAAAUUAGCAUUAAUAUUGAUUGACAGAGCAAGGCUUUUUUAUUAUUUUUAUCAUUAUUUUAUCUUUUAUUUGGGUAUAUAUAUAGAGAAAAAUCAGAUUGAUAGGGGGGGUUCUUUGGUUGAUUUCUGGAGCUGAUUUUUGAACUCUCGUCUGGGUUUUUGAAGAGUAGAAAAGGGAAAUUUUGUGGAGCUUCCAGAGGAGUCAUCGGAGAGUUAGCAUCUUCUGGGUUUUAUUCUCUUAGGUAAUUUCUGAACAGAGGAAUUUUUGGGGAAGAGCCGUGAGGGAGAAGAAGGGAGCUUGAUCCCGUGGGAUCCCUCCCUUCGGAUCUUAAUCUGCUUUUUUUCAGAAAUUUUGCCUUGUUUGAUUUUGAUUGCAGUAGAUUUUUGCUGUAUUGAAGUUGUAUUAAAUGAUGAUAUUGGGAAUGAAAUCAAGCAUGAAUUUCAUG